AAUGAUUAUCCCUGCCCGAUGGGUCUACAUUCAUCCCUGAAUGUCGUCGGGUACUGUUCACUUCCCCGCCAUUCUUGUAACCGUCACCUGUAAUCCGCGCAGGUGUGUCCGCACCCCCUGGAGUGGACGAGAAAGAAAGGAUUUCUCGGAGCAACCCCCCUGGUUCCAGACCCAGGAGUUCACUUUCCCGUAUGAGCAUUCGAUGGGUCGUCUGAGGGUUCGCCGCGGUUCAUUGCUUUGCUGACACACUAGGCUACCCUUCUCCGAAAGCUCCGCGGGACCACCUACUAGUCUUCUUCGGCCGGAGGGGUUUAUUGCACGCAAAACCCCGGGACGCUGGCUCCCGCAGAGGAAAGCCCAACGAAUGUCAGAUGCAAAGCCCCGCACCUCAUUAAGAUCAUAUUGGCAUACUCCCCCAAAAAAAAAAGAGCAGACCCCAUUGAAGACGGGAGUGAGGUACAACAAGGCCAUUUCCGUCCCUUCUCACGGAGCCGUACGUGGACGUUACCGCUCAUACAGCUCCCAGCCAGCAAGCAAUUAGCUUUCAGAAUGGAAGUGUGGAUGAAUCGACAUCAAUUCGGGUUUUCUUAGAAUAGAAGCAAGAACAUGCAUGCUCCUUCACAGUCGCGCACCUUUCACAAAAACCUAAGGAUCCCCCUC